GAAGCUGCAGAUAUAGGUAAAAAAUAGAGGAAGGAAAAGCAGAAUGGUUGUCCAGUUGCUUUCCCAUAUUACUCUGUUUACUCUGCUGUGGUGGUCUAUGAGUAAUCCAGUCCUAGCACAACCACCCAUAUCAAAGCCUAACUGUCAAUCGAAUUGCGGCGGCAUUGAAAUCCCAUAUCCUUUUGGAAUUGGAACAGGUUGUUACAUUAACGACGGCUGGUUCCAAAUAAUCUGUGACAACUCUACUGAAAAUCCGAAACCUUUCUUGAACCGUACCAAUCUGGAGGUGCUAGAAAUUUCAGUGGAGGAAGGCACAUUAAAGGUCAAAAACCCAAUCACCUUCUCUAAUUGCACCAACAAGCCAAACAGCGGCCAAACAGCCAAUUUGGAGGGAACCCCUUUUGCAUAUUCCCAGAAGAACAUAUUCACUGCAGUGGGUUGUGGUGUUAUGGCCACGAUCACCUCAAACUCAAAUGGCGACACCAUUUCAAGUGGAUGCAAGUCCGAAUGCAGCAUUUCGACAAAUAAUAGUAGCGGACAUAAUAGCUGCCAGACAGCCCUCCCUUCAUUUCUCUUUGACUUCAAUACCAGUUUCCAGAUUUUUGAAAAUCAAACACGGAGUUCAUGCAAUUACGCAUUCUUGGCCGACCGUGAUUGGUUUGCCAACAAUUCAAGAAACUUUUCUGCCAUCAGAGAUAUGGACAAUGUUCCGGUGGUGCUAGAAUGGAGCUUAUUUCACUCCUCAACCGAUGUGUAUGGAACCUUUUUGGAAGUAAAUGCAACGAUGAUCUCAUCCCGGCCUAUUUGUGACACCUACAAUGACAGCUAUUCCAUAAAUGAAUCCUUAAGGCUUAAAUGUUCCUGCGGAGGAGGCUAUGAAGGAAAUCCCUAUCUUCUUGAAGGAUGUCAAGACAUCAACGAAUGCGAGCUUCCCACCCGGUGUUUUGAACCCAACAUAUGUAUGAAUGUUAAUGGGGGUUAUGGAUGCUCCCCCCCACCGAAGAGCAACUCCUACAAUGACAGCUCUUCCAUAUAUGAAUCCUUAAGGCUUGAAUGUUAUUGCGAAUUCGGCUUCGAAGGAAAUCCCUAUCUUCUUGACGGAUGCCAAGACAUCAACGAAUGUGAGCUUCUCGACCACCACUGUUCUGAACCCUUCGUAUGUGUGAAUUCGGCUGGGGAUUACGGAUGCUACCCCCCACCGAAGAGCAACUCGAAGGUUAAAGUCAUCUUUAUAGGUAUCGGCAGCGGUCUUGGAUUCUUGUUUCUGCUCAUUGCUUCCUGGUGGUUGUCCAAAGUCAUAAAGAAAAGAAAAGCCAUUAAACGGAAGGCGAAGUUAUUUAAACAAAAUGGUGGUUUACUGCUGGAGCAACAAUUGUCUUCUGGUGAAGUAAAUGUUGAGAAGAUUAAGUUGUUCAAUUCAAAGGAGUUAGAGACAGCCACAGACCAUUUUAAUGUAGAUAGAAUUCUUGGCCAGGGAGGCCAAGGUACCGUUUACAAAGGAAUGUUGACGGAUGGAAGAAUUGUUGCUGUAAAGAAGUCUAAAGUAGUUGAUGGAGGUGAAGUUGCACAGUUCAUCAAUGAAAUUGUCAUUCUUUCACAAAUUAACCACAGGAAUGUGGUUAUGCUCCUGGGUUGCUGCUUGGAGACCGAAGUUCCUCUUUUGGUUUAUGAAUUCAUUCCCAAAGGGACUAUCUAUCAGUAUCUCCAUCAACAAAAUGAGGAGUUUCUACUUAAAUGGCAAAUGCGCUUAAGGAUUGCGGCAGAAGUUGCAGGAGCUCUUUCGUACUUACACUCAGCAGCGGGUUUUCCAAUUUACCACAGGGAUAUCAAGUCGACAAACAUACUCUUAGAUGAAAAGUACAGAGCAAAAGUUGCAGAUUUUGGGACUUCAAGAUCCGUUUCCAUUGAGCAAACACACCUUACCACAAUAGUACAUGGAACAUUCGGUUACUUGGACCCAGAGUACUUCCAAUCAAGUCAAUUUACAGAGAAGAGCGAUGUGUAUAGCUUUGGAGUUGUUCUUGCUGAGCUCUUGACCGGAGAAAAGCCGGUUUCUUUAGCGAGGUCACCAGAAGCCAGAGGCCUAGUUACAUAUUUCAAUUUUUCAAUGGAGGAGAACCGUCUGCUUGAUAUUGUUGAUGCUCGAGUAAAGGAGGAGGGUGUAACGGAAGACAUUAUGGCAGUUGCUACCCUUGCAAAGAGAUGUUUGGAGUUAAGUGGAAAGAGACGACCUACAAUGAAAGAAGUGGCAAUGGAAUUGGAGGCGAUUCAAAAAUCACUUAAGGGUUCUAAGCUGCAACAAAAUCAGGAAGAGGUUGAAUAUGUCCGAAACGAAGUAAUUUGUGACUGUCCUUGGGAUGUUGCUUCUGAAUCAACAGGAUCAGGUUUGGAUUGUGUUACUGCUUCAUCAAAAGAUUCAUUGCCACUAUUAUCUUACUAAUCACGAGGAACAAGAAUUCUCCAUGAAAUUGGUGCAUUACCAAUCUUCGAUUUUAGAGUCUAUUGGAAGAGUUCCUGGGACUGCAGCAUCUUUCAUGUUUUCAGGGAGGUUAACUUUGCUGCUGACUCUCUGGCUAAGAUGGGGCAUGAGAUGGAAUUGGG